AUGCCUCCUCUUCGUCCGCCACGUAGGAAUAUUCGUACUAACCGUGAACGUAACAACACUUCUUCGAAUGAGACUCCAGUUGAUCCAAACAUAAUUAAUGCUAUCAACCAGGCUGUUGCUGGGUUGCUUCCAAACCUGGUUGCUCAAACAGCUGAGGCCGUUAUUCAACAAACUCUUCAUCCAGAACGCACUAACACUAAUCCAACCUCUGGUGGUGAAACUCGUGAGAAUACCACUAACAAUAUUACUUAUAGUAUAGACAUAUGGAUUAGUAAAUUCCAAAAACAAAAGCCGAAAUCCUUUAGUCACGCUACUAAUCCAGUCGAAGCAAGAAACUGGAUAGCUCAUGUUGAAAAGAUCUUCGGAGUUCUUGGAGUUCCGGAACAAUACAAAGUUAGACUAGCUACCUACAAAUUGGAAGAUGACGCACAAACUUGGUGGGAAGGAUAUAAGCAAGUCAAAGGAGGGGAUGAUUUUGACGCUAAUCUUUCAUGGGUCGACUUUCGUAAUAUCUUUUACGAUAAAUAUUUUUCGACCGCUGAUAAAGAAGCUUAUAUCAGGGAGUAUGCAGUAAUUCAACAGGGGAGUGAUGAACCAGCCUCUGAGUUCAUUACUCGAUUUUCAAGGUUGGCUAGUAUUGUAGGAGAUGUUGCCGGAUCAGCAGAAGUCCAGGCAGAAAAAUGCAAGUGGGCAGUUAAUGAUCGAAUUCGGAAGUCGAUCAUGUAUAUGAAAUUUAAGGAUAUCACCGAAGUUGCUGAUGCAAUCAAAACUUUUGAAUUCGAAAGGAAAGAAUUCCUAUCUCGAACUGGGGAUAAUAAGAAGAGAAAUAGAGAAGGCCAAUUUAAGCAAGAAAUCGGCCAGUCAUCCACUACGCCACAGCAUCAAGAUCGUAAAGUGCAAGGAAAUCAAAACUUUGGAAAUCAAGCACGUCAAUGGCAACCUAGACUUCAAAACCCGAGACCUGCUCAAAACCAGAUUCAGUUGUAUGCAGAACCUAUUAGAGCCCAACCACUGAAUCAACAAGUAAACCCGAAUCAGAUUACAUAUCCUCUAUGUAAUACUUGUGGUAAAAGACAUCAGGGCGUAUGUCACCGAAGUACAGGAGCAUGUUUUAAAUGUGGCCAAACUGGACACAUGAUCAAGGAAUGUCCUAAGAAAGAUACUAAGAAGAAUAAUCAACCCAAUGUUGGAGGAAGAAUUUUCGCACUUUCCGCUACUGACGCUGCUAAUAUUCCAGGUACUGUAUCUGGAACCCUUCAGAUUGGUGAACGUAGUAUCUAUGUGUUAUUCGAUACAGGAGCGACUCAUUCUUUAGUAUCCCAUUCGUUUACUAAGUAUCUUCCGAUAAGACCAACUCUCUUAGAUCACACUUUCACCAUUUCCACUCCCAUGGAAAAUUCAUCCGUAAUCACUUACGUAUAUAAGGAUUGUCCGAUCCGUAUUGAAUCUAUUGUGUGUAAGGCAGACUUAUUUCCAAUACAUAUGUGUGACUUUGAUAUUAUUCUAGGAAUAGAUUGGUUGUCUAGACAUCGUGUAACUAUAGAUUGUCAUUCUCGCCGAGUUAUUUUCGGUGAUCUUCAUCAUCCUGAUAUUAUAUAUCAGGGAACUCAAGCCCAUAAAUCUCUUAAAAUUAUCUCUGCACUUAAGGCUCGAAAAUCCAUAUCAAACGGCUGUGCUGGAUUCCUAGCAUCAAUUAAGGAUACUUCUGUUAGUAUUAAGAGUAUCGAUAGCCACUCCGUUGUUCGUGAAUAUCCUGAUGUAUUUCCGGAUGAACUCCAGGGAUUACCACCCGACCGUCAGUUGGAAUUCACCAUCGACUUGAUCCCUGGUGCCGAACCUAUUUCUAAAGCUCUAUACCGUAUGGCCCCAAUGGAACUGAAGGAGUUGAAGGAACAAUUGCAAGAAUUGUUAGAUUUAGGAUUCAUAAGACCCAGUGUUUCACCUUGGGGUGCUCCGGUCUUAUUUGUGAAGAAGAAAGACGGUAGUAUGCGUUUAUGUAUUGACUACCGAGAGCUGAACAAGAUUACUAUUCGUAAUCAGUAUCCUCUGCCUCGCAUUGAUGAUCUCUUUGAUCAACUUCAAGGGGCUCAGUUCUUCUCAAAAAUCGACCUAAGGUCUGGGUACCAUCAGUUAAAGGUCAAGAAUGAGGAUGUUCCCAAGACCGCUUUUCGUACUCGAUAUGGUCAUUACGAAUUUUUGGUUAUGCCCUUUGGGCUAACUAAUGCACCCGCAGUCUUCAUGGAUUUGAUGAAUCGCGUAUUUCACCAAUUCCUAGACAAAUUCGUUAUUGUCUUUAUCGAUGACAUUCUGGUGUAUUCUAAGAGUCGUGAAGAGCAUGAAGCACAUCUACAUAUAGUACUUGGAACCUUGCGGCAUGAGAAGUUGUACGCGAAGUUUUCCAAAUGUGACUUUUGGCUUAGCCAAGUGUCAUUUCUAGGUCAUGUUAUAUCAGCAGAGGGAAUUAUGGUAGACCCAACAAAGGUUGAAGCUAUUACAAAAUGGCCAAGACCCACUUCUGUUACCGAAAUACGAAGUUUCUUGGGUCUUGCUGGCUAUUACCGAAGAUUUGUUGAAAGAUUCUCGGUAAUUGCUUUACCACUCACAAAACUCCUAAGGAAAGGGGUGAAGUACUCAUGGAAUGAGGAACAAGAGAAAAGCUUUGAAGAAUUAAAGAAACGACUUGUAUCCUCUCCGAUACUCGCUCUCCCUUCUGGAUCAGGAGGUUACCAAGUCUACAGUGAUGCCUCAAAGAAAGGAUUAGGUUGUGUGCUAAUGCAACAUGGGAAGGUUAUCGCUUAUGCCUCCCGUCAGUUGAAGCCUUAUGAAGUUAACUACCCUACACAUGAUUUAGAAUUAGCCGCAGUCGUCUUUGCACUUAAGAUUUGGCGACAUUAUCUGUAUGGUGAAAGUUGUGACAUCUUUACCGACCACAAGAGCCUCAAGUAUAUAUUUACGCAGAAGGAGCUAAAUAUGAGGCAAAGAAGGUGGUUAGAACUUUUAAAAGAUUAUGAUGCAAAUAUUCAAUACCAUCCAGGCAAAGCCAAUGUUGUAGCUGAUGCAUUAAGCCGAAAGAAUUCCGGGACUAUAUCUUGCCUACAAAUUCAACCUCAUAUUAGGAGGGAUCUCGAAAGGAUGGACAUUUGGCUUCAGGUUAGUAAAUCUGAUGGAUAUCUAGCUAGAAUGCAGAUUGAACCCAACCUCAUAUCCCGGAUCAAAGAUGCACAAAAGCAAGAUGGAGAACUUUGGGCAAUUGUGCAAAAUCUCGAGGUGGGAUCUACCAAGAUGUAUAGAGAUUUAAGACAGAACUUCUGGUGGAAUGGAAUGAAGGAAGACGUUGCUCGAUACGUAAGUAAAUGCCUCACUUGCCAACAAGUGAAACUUGAACACAAACGAGCAAGCGGUCUGUUGCAGCCAUUGGAUAUUCCCAUAUGGAAGUGGGAUGAGAUCACAAUGGAUUUUGUUACUGGCUUACCUAAGACAUUCAAGAAGAAUGAUGUUGUAUGGGUUGUUGUCGAUAGAUUAUCAAAGUCCGCACAUUUUCUACCAAUUCAGCAAGGAUUUUCGGUUAAUAAGUUAUCCGAAAUAUUUCUUCAAGAAAUUAUUCGACUCCAUGGCACACCAUCUUCCAUGAAAGAAGCUCAGAGUAGACAAAAGAGCUAUGCAGAUCAAGAUAGACGACCCCUCGAAUUUAAAAUUGGUGACCACGUAUUCUUAAAGGUAUCACCUUGGCGUGGUGUUCGUAGAUUUGGAAUUAAAGGGAAACUUAGUCCCCGUUUCAUCGGUCCAUUUGAAAUCCUUGAAAGAAUUGGAGAAGUGUCAUAUCGACUGGCUUUACCGCCUCAACUCUCUCACGUUCAUAACGUUUUUCAUGUAUCCUCUUUAAGAGGAUAUAAUUAUCAUCCACUCCAUGUCAUUAGUUAUCCGUUACUUACAAUUCACGAAGAUUUGUCCUACGAAGAGGAACCAGAAGCCAUCUUAGAUCGACAAGAAAAGGUUUUGCGUAGGAAAGUAAUUCCGUUUGUUAAAGUCCUUUGGAAAAAUCACUCUGAACACGAAGCAACAUGGGAAUCUGAAGAAUCAAUUCGUUCUCUAUACCCUAAUCUAUUCUCGCAAUAG